UUUUUCAGCUCUGAUGAAGCCUUCAGCAAAGUUAAUUUAAAUUACCGAACGGAAAAUGGACUGUCUCUUCUGCAUUUGUGUUGUAUUUGUAAUGGUAAUAAAUCACACGUUAGGACUCUUAUGCUGAAAGGACUGCGCCCAUCAAGGUUAACAAGAAAUGGAUUUACAGCUCUGCAUUUAGCAGCAUACAAGGACAAUGCGGAACUUGUCACGGCCUUGCUGCACAGUGGAGCUGAUAUUCAACAAGUCGGCUAUGGAGCACUUACAGCUCUUCAUAUUGCUACAAUUGCUGGUCACCAUGAGGCUGUCGAUAUUCUUCUGCAACAUGGUGCAUAUGUCAAUGUUCAAGAUGCAGUUUUUUUCACCCCUUUACACAUUGCAGCCUACUAUGGCCAUGAGCAGGUAACCCGACUCCUGCUGCAAUUUGGUGCUGAUGUGAACGUGAGUGGAGAAGUUGGGGACAGGCCCCUCCACUUAGCUUCUGCCAAAGGAUUUCUCAAUAUUGUAAAGCUUUUAAUGGAAGAGGGCAGCAAGGCUGAUGUGAAUGCUCAAGACAAUGAAGACCAUGUUCCUCUUCACUUCUCCUCUCGCUUUGGGCAUAAUGACAUAGUAAAGUUCUUGCUCCAAAGUAAUUUUGAAGUCCAGCCUCAUGUGGUUAAUAUUUAUGGAGACACCUCUCUGCACCUUGCUUGCUACAGUGGAAAAUUUGAAGUUGUGAAAGAAUUAAUUCAGCUGUCAGGAACAGAAAGUCUCACCAAGGAGAAUAUAUUCAGUGAGACCACCUUUCACAGUGCUUGUACCUACGGCAAGAACAUAGAUUUGGUGAAAUUUCUACUUGAUCAGAAUGUGUUGAGCAUUAAUCACCAAGGAAGAGAUGGACAUACAGGACUACAUUCUGCUUGCUAUCAUGGCCACAUCCGUCUUGUCCAGUUCUUACUGGACAAUGGAGCUGAUAUGAAUCUCGUAGCCUGUGAUCCCAGCAGGUCUAGUGGUGAAAAAGAUGAACAGACCUGUUUGAUGUGGGCAUAUGAAAAAGGCCAUGAUGCUAUUGUUACUCUUCUGAAGCAUUACAAAAGACCUCAGGAUGAAUCACCUUGUAAUGAGUACUCCCAGCCUGGAGGAGAUGGAUCUUAUGUGUCAGUUCCAUCCCCACUAGGGAAGAUUAAAAGCAUGACAAAAGAAAAGGCGGAUGUUCUCCUCCUCCGUGCUGGUUUGCCAUCCCAUUUCCACCUCCAGCUUUCAGAAAUAGAGUUCCAUGAAAUUAUUGGUUCAGGGUCGUUUGGAAAAGUGUACAAAGGACGAUGUAGAAAUAAAAUAGUGGCAAUCAAGCGCUACCGAGCCAACACUUACUGCUCCAAAUCAGACGUUGACAUGUUUUGUCGUGAAGUUUCUAUCCUGUGCAGACUCAAUCACCCCUGUGUCAUCCAAUUUGUUGGUGCUUGCCUGGAUGACCCAAGUCAAUUUGCUAUAGUCACGCAAUACAUAUCAGGAGGGUCCCUCUUUUCCCUGCUGCAUGAACAAAAAAGGAAUCUUGACUUGCAGUCUAAAUUAAUCAUUGCUGUAGAUGUUGCAAAAGGCAUGGAGUAUCUUCACAAUCUUAUCCAGCCAAUAAUACAUCGGGACUUAAACAGGUACAUUUUUCUUUUGUCUCUCCAAGCCUAUUGUCAUAUAUAA